AUCGAUUGAUUCAUUUGAAAUAUACCAAGAAUACUGUGAGUUGUGUGAAUUAGUUGCAUCACUGUCAGCAGCAUGUAGGCAGAAGCACAAAGGCACACGAGACCCUCUCGCUUGUCAGUCAGAGACACAGACAGUGACAUCCAUCCAUCCAUCCCUCAGCAGCCGCUCAGAAACACACCACACCCACACCACUGACUAAAGUCAAAUCCAUCCUCGGACAUGUACGGAACAAGUGAGCCAAAAAUACUCAACGUCGUUAUCAACAAGCCACGGAUCAGACCAUGGCUGUCCUCUGAGGCAGUCAGUAGGGGAGGGGAGGCAAUCAGCCCGUCCAAGCACCGUACACCGGGGCUGCCCGGCCGCCUUCAUCGUGGUGCCGCCCAUUUCUUUUUGGGCGCCUUCGUGGUGGUGGCUGGUGCGUCGUCGGUGAUGGCGGCGGUGGUUGGUUCGGCGGCUGUGUACAGGUCGAGGACCAACGGCACCUUGACCGGGAAAUCACACAGCUCAUUCAGCGACGUGCCAGACUCAAUGAAGAAGACCGCCGCGGCCUGAUGGAUACACACACAGCACAAAAAGGGAGACCAUGUGGACGUCAGGCCUGCCUGCCUGCCUGCCUCCUCGCUGCUCACCACGUCGACGUCCUCAUCGGUGGCUGGGUAGAUGAAGAUGUCAAGCUGUUUCCCGAUAUUGGGGAGGAUCACCACGUCCUCGUAAACCUCAUCGUCGCCAUCAGGCAAAAUGUACGAGCCGCCCGCAAACACGCUGCACAGACAGACGAGAGAGGCUCAUCUUGUUGUGUGUUCCGCCCGGCUGUGUUGAUCCACCCACUUACCCGCCAUCGAGAAAAGUCUCCAUGUCGGGAUCGCCUUCAAAGCCGUUGAUAGCAACCACUAUUGCCCCUGCCUUCUCCGCCGCCUCCUGCAAGACAGACACACAGCAUCUCCUCACACGUGGCUUGUCGCCGUGUGUGGCGCUGACGCAUCACGCGCGUACCAGAGGGACAUUGAUCUCCCAAAACUCUGUGAAAUCUCCGGGCAGCUCCCUCCUAGAUGGCUCCAACUCAAACACACGACACGGCUCUACUUCGUCACCUUCUCCUGCUGCAGAUGGGCACAGGGACAUCAACAUACAUCAUUGCCCUCUCUUUUUAUCCUGUGGACGCGCACCUGGAGAGAAGUGGAGCCUCGGAAGCUCUGGUGCAUCCUGCAAUUUAGGCGCGUAUACAUACACGGCACACCCAGCACUUGCGCACAUUCCUCAGCUGGUUGUGUACUGUAUGGUGUGUGUGUUACUUUUGCUCGCCAGAGCGUCUGCUUGAUCUCGCCGAUCUCAAACUCCACUUUGGCCAUCCCCAUGUCUGCAGCAAAACACCACACCCGCGUCACAGACACCAGGCGUCAAUACUCAUUUGCCUUCACCACAGCAGCUAGCGUUGCCUCUGCCUUCGCACCUCGAAAAACGUCGUGGGCUUUCUUCCCGAGUCGUGCCUUCUUGAGGGCGUGGUGCACCAUCAGCGGCACGUCGUCCUUGGCAUCGUGGGUCUGGCUGAGGAACCCCAGCAGCGUGUCGAGGAUCUCCUCCACACGGGAGUGUAUCUGGGAGCUGGCUUCGGCCAGCUGCGCGUGUAUCUCUGACUGGCAGCGCGACACGCCUUGCAGGAGCAGCAGGAGGGCCAGCACAAACGCGGGAAAAUGCGGCAUCGCCAUUCUGGUUUGCUUUCCUAAGUACA